CAACGAACAGCACACGUCAUCAUCACCCUCAGAACCAAAGAAAGCGCCAACCAAAUCCUCCAUUUCGGUAUCUCAAUCGAAGGCAAGAAGGUCUAUGGCCGAAAACUCCUCCCAGAGCCAACGCGCUGCCUCAAAUGCCAAUCUUACGACGUAUCCCACGUCGCAGCAGAAUGCACCCAGGAACACGACACAUGUGGAACAUGUGGGGCAAAACAUCGCACGGCAACAUGCAAAGUAGAUGAUCCUAACUACUAUCAAUGCGCUAACUGUGAUUGUCAGGGCCAUGCCUCAUGGAGUCGAGAAUGUCCCACCUUCAUCAACAAAUGGGAAAACUUCAAGAGCCGCUCCGAAGACGCCAAAUACCGAUACUUCCCAACUGAUGACCCACUCACCUGG